AUGGUUUAUAUUCUCAGGGACACUGCUGGAAGAUUUGUAAACAUGGAUCCAACCAUCUUAUCCCACAACACGGAAUCUAUGCCAACAAAUGAAACUGUCCAGCCUGGGAAUCAAGAUUGUAGUCCAAUACUGCCCCUGAACUUCCUGGCCAUCAUUAUUGCCCUGGUUGGACUGGUAGGAAACACCAUCAUACUCUGGCUCCUGGGAUUCCGCAUAUGCAAAAAAGUCAUCUCCAUUUACAUUUUCAACCUGGCUCUUGCAGACUCCUUCUUCCUCUGCUGCCACUUUAUUGACUCACUCCUAUGGGUCAUUGCUUUCUAUGGCUUCUAUGCCCACAAAGUAAGUAAAUCAAUCUUAGGCAAUGCAGCAAUCAUUCCCUAUAUAGCAGGCCUGAGCAUACUCAGUGCUAUUAGCACAGAGUGCUGCCUGUCUGUGUUGUGGCCCAUAUGGUAUCACUGCCACCACCCAGAAAACAUGUCAACUGUCAUAUGUGCCCUAAUCUGGGCCCUGUCCUUUCUGAUGGGCAUCCUUGAGUGGUACUUCUCAGGAUUCCUGAGUGAGGAUCAUCAACAUUUGUGGAAAAAUGUAAAUUUUAUUGUAACUGUAUUUCUGAUCUUUCUAUUCAUGCUUCUCUUUGGGUCCAGUGUGGCCCUACUGGUCAGGAUCCUCUGUGGUUCCAUACAGAACCCACUGACCAGGCUGUAUGUUACCAUCUCACUCACAGUGAUCAUCUUCCUCAGCUGUGGCUUACCUCUUGGGUUCUACCUGUUCCUGUUAUACUGGCUUGAAGUUCAUUUGCAUCAUCCCUUGCAUCAUCUUAACCGAAUUACCUCUGUCCUGUCCUGUGUGAACAGCUGUGUCAACCCCAUCAUUUACUUCUUUGUAGGCUUCUUUGUAGGCUCUUUUAGGCAAAAUAGACAUCAUCGGUCCCUCAAAAUGGUUCUUCAGAGGGCUUUGGAAGACUCACCCGAGGAGGAUGAAUAUACAACCAGCAAUCUUCAGAAAACCAUUGAGAUGUCAGAAAGUAGAGAAUGGUGAAUAGUCCCUAGUCAGACAUGUGUUGAGACUCAACACCA